UCAGCAGUCGAUCGGUAAACAGUCGCAAACAGUCAGUGCAAUGUACGUUCGCGUGAUUUGAUGUAUUUGACAAGUUUCGAAGCACAGACUUUGGGAGCAUUUUAGCUGUAUGCGGAACGUUGAUCGUGAUCGAGAUAUCCUUUCCUCUAGGGGAUAGUAUCCUUUUUUUUUUUAAAUUCUUCCACCAUGGACACGGACAGGCCUCAACACGAGGAAUGGAAAAAACGGGCUUUUGUGGGACCACUGCCAGAUAGUUUCUUGAGAAUAGAAGAGCGUAAUGCACAGUUGCAGCAGGAGGCAGCAGAUCAGCAAGCUGCUCUAGCUCUGCAUCAGCAGAUGCGGAAUAUGUCAGUGGCUCAUGAUCCACGAAUUGGUAGACUUAGCAUAACAAUUUCUCAGGCCAAAUUAGUGAAAAAUUAUGGAAUGACAAGGAUGGAUCCUUACGCGAGGAUACGAGUGGGACACUCGGUUUUUGAGACACAUACAGACUCAAAUGGUGGAAAAAAUCCACAUUGGAACAAAGUAAUCCACUGUAAUCUUCCACCUGGAGUUACCCAGAUAUAUAUAGAAAUCUAUGAUGAAUGUUCUUUUGUGAUGGAUGAAUUGAUUGCAUGGGGUCAUAUAGAGAUUCCACCACAGGUCAUUCAGAAGGGAGAAACACACGAAGAUUGGUAUAUGCUCAGUGGCAAGCAGGGAGAUAAUCAGGAAGGCAUGAUCAAUUUAGUUUUCAGUUACACGACCAACCAUCCGUACAUGGGUUCUUCGGUAAUGAUGGUUCCUUCUGCAGCCAUGUUCGGCAUGCCAUAUGCCCCGGUCAAUGUUUAUACAGCACCUCCGCCUAUUGUUACACCAACGGUUACACCAAGUUCUUUGCCAAAUGCUGAGGUCGAGUUGAAACAGAUCGCAGAAAUGUUUCCGAAUGUUGACAAGGAAGUCAUCAAAUCGGUAUAUGAUGCCAAUCACGGCAAAAAAGACGUUACAAUUAAUUCGUUGCUUCAAAUGUGCGAAUAAGUCCUAAUUUUUUACACAGUUAGAAAUGCCAUACGUAACUUUAUCGUAUUCUUUAUUAUAAUGGAUAUUUCUUUGAAAUGUAAGAUGAUGUACGAAAAUCUAAUUUGUAAUACUUCCAUACGUAAUAUAUAUUAAGG